CUGGUCCUACUGCCCAUAUGAUUAUUCUUCUUCUUACAGGUCGCAUGGCCCGGGAAUUGUGGUUUUAACGUUUCUACGGAAAAUAAUAAUAGGCAUGCUAAGCCCGCAAAUGCUGAAAGAAAUGAAGCUGAGUUUCCAGCUCACCGAACAGAGAGAACUUGCUUCCGGUCGUCGCAGGCCUGAAAAACAAGUGACGCCACCUGUGGCGUCCAAACAGAAGGGGAUUCCAAAGGCUUCCAGUGCUCCCGCAGAGAUUUCGCCACCAAAGAUCCAAAAACUUGAGAUGGAGACGCCCCAAACGUCAAAGGCGAAGAAGAAAGCCGCUAAAAAGAGACUGCUUUCCAAUAAGGAGUCGAUACCAGGUAGUUCUCCGAUCGAGAAGAGGCCAAAGAAGGAUGUAGGUUCUCCUUUGGAGAUUUCCAAGAUUAUUCCCACAAAACCCAUUGCCUUAAAAUCCAAUGAUUCCGUGUCAAAGAAUCAUAAAAAAGGCUCUCAGCAAAAGGCUUUCAAGAAAAAUGAAUCGGCUAAAAGCGCUCCCAUAAAAACCAAAGGUUCCAAAGCAGCAAAGUUACAAAGUAAACCUAAAAAAUCCAAGGAAUCUAGUAAAAAUGGAUAUACAAACUCAAAUAAGUUAGCGCAAAAUGGUCCAGUUAAGAGUUCUAAAGCUUCCACAGUAAAUGGUAUUGAUAAAGGGGAGAAUUCCGUUGUAAUAGUAAAUAAUUUAAUAAGCCGUGACUCCGAGGAAGUAAGCGAUACUUUCUUUAAAAAGCCACAUAUAUUUAAGGUCAAGUCCAAAGGCAAUCAGAGCAAAAUACUAGACUUUCCUGCCCCAUUUGAAAAUGUUGAGAGCCGAGCUCACCUGUUGCAAGGUAAUAGCAAAGGAAUAGUUCGAAAAAUCGAGGUAUUUGAGAAUGCAUAUGCGAAUAUCGACAGUGACGAACUGGAUGAUGAUUAUGAACCGCAGUACGACGAAGAUUUUAGCUCUGAAGAUUUUACCAGCGAUGAAUUCGAGAGUGAAGACGCAAGCAGCGAUGACUUCGACAAUGAUGACGAUGAUGAAGAUUUCGACAGCGAAGAUAGCGAUAGUGAAGAAUUCGCCAGCGAUUUCUUCGACAGCGACGACCUCGAUUCAACCUAUGAACCUCCAGAUAUUGAUGGAUUCUUUGAUGAUCCACCCUUGGGAAUACAAAAAGAGCCGCUUAUUAUAGAGGAAAUAUUUGAUGAGAAAACUGAGGAUGAAAAUCAGAAAGAACUGGAGAUUGCGGAAGAGUCAGUCAUUGUGACGCCUAAAAUAGAUACAAUCAAAGCAGCGACUAGCCCUCCGCCAGAAGAGCCUGAAGAUAUUGAAGAGAAUGCUGAGGAGUCACUGCCAGAAGUUGUUACCACCGAAAAGGAGCAGCUUUCCCAACCAAUUGACGCACCAUUUUAUAGGAAUCCCCAAGCAAACUUCACAGAGCUUAGCGUCUUCGAAAACAGCCUGAAGAGCAACCAUGUGCUAGCCGUGAUUAAGGAAGAUCUGGAGCUGUAUGGCACACUGGUGCUCACCCUUCUGAGUGGCCAGAUAUCCGUGAAUGGUUACCGACCGCGCCGACAAGAGGCACUCAACAUUUAUUCACCAAAAGGCCUCAAUUGGGUGUCCAUUUCACCCACGAAGGUUAAGAAGCCGGCCAAAGAUGCGGUGGAUUGGGAGGAGCUAAACAAGAACUUUACACGCGCCCAGUUGGACAGGAUUCAAGGCAGCUUUCAGAGCCAGACAAAUGCUAUAGUCCUGCUGCAGCGAAAUACUGCAGGCCAGCGGCUCGUUGAUAACUUUGGCAAGCACAUGGCGCAGAAUGUGUUCCCACUCGUCAACGCCUCCAAUCGGCCGUAUCACCAAAGUGAGUCCCUGUUGCACUGCCUCAUCCAAUCUUCUGAUCUAAGUCGCACUCUGCAAGUGCCGCAGGUGUGGAAUAAGUUGAAGAUGCAGGCCACUAGUAGGAUACUAAUAGCAGGUGGUAAGGGCGUAGGAAAGUCUAGCCUACUGCGCUACCUUAUCAAUCGGAAUCUGGGUCAAUUUCCAUCACUUCUGCUCAUCGAUUUGGAUAUUGGUCAACCGGAAAUCUUUGUACCUCAGACUGUUUCUUGUACCCUCAUUGACGGGCCCCUUUUGGGACCCGGAUUCCUCUUCAACAAGCAACCUGACUACGCUUACGUCGUGGGCCACACCAAUAUAGUCUUGUGCGCAGAGCAGUAUGCCCGCGCAGUCAUUCAGCUCAUCCAAGACGUCCAAAAGGAUGAAAAGUACGCGAAUAUUCCCUGGCUUAUCAAUACUAUGGGGUACAACAAAGGAUUUGGCAGCGAACUGAUGGCCCUGCUGGUGGAUCGCAUUCAUCCCACAGACCUUGUACAAAUUGCGAGUCCAUUUCCUAUUAAUAACUUCGAUUCUGCCCUCGACUCUAGCAGCCUGUCGCAGUUGAAACCCAUUAUCUACACGGCGGAUGAGUUCAGGGUGAAGGAAAUACCAAAAUACACACUUCACAAGUUGCUCAGCGCGGUGCCUGCGAAGGAGCCAGGAACUUGGAGUCUGAGCGCCAAGGAUAUGCGGUACUCCAACCUUCUGGCUCGCCUCAGUUCGUGUCUCACGGGCAAUGCCAAAUCUCUCACAGACUGUCAGCCCUUAAAAGUGUCCCUAGACUCCCUGAAGAUAGUCCAUGCCACCAGCGAGAAUUACUCCCGCGAAGAACUGAUCCGUGGCAUGGAGGCGAAUGUGGUUUACCUGUGUCAUCAGGGAGCAGGGCUGCCUCAGUGUUUAGGAAUAGGAGUCGUUCGUGCCAUCGACUAUGAUCGAAAGGAGCUUUUCCUGGUGCCUGCAAUGCCGCUGCAAAGGAUGUCCCUGGUGGAUUGCCUCAUCCUUGGCGGACAACUAACCCUGCCGCAGGGAUACUUCCGGGAUCAGGGUCAGGGAGUCGCCAGCAGUGUGCCCUUCGUCUUCAUCCUUGACGACUCGAAAUCUUCGAAGAGCAUUCAGCAGAUCUACCAUCGAUCGCCGGCCUUCCUGGGCGUUCCAGCGAGUCAAAGAAACUAAAAUUUAGCCAUCGAAAGUAGAGCUAAAUUGUAAAAAGACUAUUUGUAAAUAAAGUGAGGUUUAUUAACGAAA